AUGCUGUUCCUCGCUCUCCUCCUCCCUCUCCUGCAGCUCGCGACUGCUGCCCCUACCUCAGAUGCGGCAGCGGCAAACAUCACUGAUGUCCUCGAGAAGCGCGGUGAUGGCUCGGGUGUACAUCUUGUGAACUGUGAUGGCUUCUCAGGCGAAGGCACAAUUUUGCCCAAGAGUUCCCACGUUGUUAACUUUUGGUUUCAAUGGGAGGGGCAAUCUCAAGCCUGCACAUUCUCCUCUGGAGCUCGUUUUUCUUGGUUUGUUGACGGCGACGCACAGUCGCAGCCAAACUUCCAGCAUGUUGGUGAUGGUGGUAACCAAUUCCGGGCAUACGCGGGUUUCAAGGACGAUAAGCACACCAUGUUCUCCUUAGGCAAUGGCCAAUGCCAUUCCAUCUACUAUUUUGUCUAG